AUGGAUCUCGAGGACCUUAUGGCGGUCAUGAAGCUUUGCGACGACAAUGUGCACAAGCUGCAGGACAGCUUGACGUCCUACCAGCGCGAGGUAGACCACGUUCGACAGGUGCUUGCGGAAAGGUGGGCGAACGUGGAAAAGGUGGACGGCAGACUCAUUUCGCUGCACGAUCACCUAUUGAGCAGUCUCAGCGAGGUAAAUGCGUACGUGAUAAAGAUGAACCUGUACAUAAAACUCAACCGGCCCGGCGGGGGAAUGCUCCCCGAGAGCGAAAAGCCGGCGGAGCCACCGUAUCGACGCGAUUCCGUUAAGCUUUCAGGUAUAAGCGCCAUAAAAGAGAGCGGCGAUCAGCACAAAAAGGAUGAACAGCCGCCAAUUCGGCCAAGUGUCCAGCAGCAGCCGUCAGAAGAUUCAACCCAACAACUUGUGCCCAUUGAUUUGUCGUCAACACAAAAGCUGGCGGCGGUGGAGGUACCACCAUCCAACUCCUUGUCGAAUCAGGUAUCCGAGAGCCUGGUCUUCUCCAUGCACUCCAGCUGGGUGAUUGAGCCUACUCCCGAGAAUCUCAAGCCAAAUCCCAAGGCCGUGCAGCAGGCUCCUUUUCAGGAGAUUACGACGUCUACUCCGGAGAAACCUACGUCCGAGUCGAUGCCCAUACAGCCGGCUCCACCACUUCCCCCAGCUAAGUUGCCCAAAUUUCCAAUGACACCUCGCAAGCGACCCCUGCUGCCACCCAAAUCCGGCACUCAGACGUCCAGCGACGGCAUCUACGAGCAGAUCUUCAAGAAUAUAGCCGCUUUUCCCGAAAACACUGUAGUAUCAGCCACCGUGAUGCACCUGAAUAUGGCCACCAAUUGCUUCUAUGUGGCCAAGUGGGAUGAGGACUCUAAGCCGCUGGGGAAACUGCUCAAGGGUCUGGUGCCACUGCGGGAGUUGGAUCAAAUGCCUGAUUACGGGGACAUCUUUGCUGUUAAUGACUGUAUUGACCAUAUCAUUCCACGAGUCAUAGUCAAUGCCAGGGUCGGGGAGGGUGGCUACGAUGCCUACCUAAUCGAUUAUGGUGAGCAUUUACAUCUGAGUGGCACCGAAAACAUAUUCGCCCUACCGGAUGCCAUCAAGCAGCUGCCGGCCCAGGCGAUUCGCUGUCAUUUGGCCAAUUGCAAGGUGUCCAACAUCAACAAUUAUUCCUACAAUACUGUUCAACUCCGUAUACUGUAUAAUAAUGGCAUCGAUAUAGUUGCGAAUCUUAUUGAUGAGGAAAAAAGCCUUGGUCAGGAGAAGCCGAGGGAUAAGCCCGAUGACACAGGAAAAAUCCCUGCUGAAAAGCCAACUCCUGCCAGGCUGAGCGAGGCGGAUAUGGCCAUGCUUAAUGAGAUUGGACCGAGCACCAGCGAUCCCCUCAAGGCCGUGCUGGGCUUUAGGCCAACUGAUGAACAACGCAUUUGUAGGCACUAUGAUCCCAAGAUUAAUGGCUGCUUUAAAGGCAACAACUGUCGAUUGAUCCAUGAGCCCUUCGCCCCGUUGGGUGCCACCAAGGAUGUGGAGGUGGCCGCAGCUCUGCCCGAAGCUGUGUUCGAUACCUUGGAGCAAUACAAGAUGGGCAGCACGGUCCGCAUGCUGAUUACCUUCGUGAAUAGUCCGAUUGAAGUGUAUGCGCAGUUUGUGGACGAUCGUAUGCCUCCGCUGGUGUGGGCCAGCAAGGAUGUGCCGGACCACAAGCGCACGUUCAAGCAAAAACCGAAAAUCCUGGACAUUGUGCUGGCCUACUAUAGCGAUGACUGUUACUAUAGGGCCCAGAUCAUGGACGAACUGGACGGGAACUACAAGAUCUUUUAUGUGGACUAUGGCAACACGGAAUUUGUGUAUAUCGAAUCGUUGGCUCCGUGCGAUGAUGUGGACAGGAGGAAGCCGUAUCGGGCCAUUAGUUGCCACAUUGAGGGCGUUAUACGAAUGCCUGAUUUGUGCCAUCAAAAGACCGCCGAAUGUGUGGAAUUUCUAAAGUCCAAGUUGCAAAACACGGAGAUGGAUGUGGUGCUGAGGCAUCGCCUGCCGGAUGGCGUUCUGGUGGGCUUUACGGGGGAAUAUGCGGAUGUUCCGCGGCAGCUGCUGCAGCGUGGCUAUGCCCAACCCAGUGAUUGUCUUCAGGAGAACUUUAACAAGGAGGUGCAGAAAGAAAGCCACAAUGACGCAGAUAAUUUCUAA